GCUUCGAGAAGCGGCCGGAGGCGGCGGGCCCCGGGGGCGGCCGCGCUAUGGUGGACUACAGCGUGUGGGACCACAUCGAGGUCUCGGACGAUGAGGACGAGACUCACCCCAACAUCGACACGGCCAGCCUCUUCCGAUGGCGGCACCAGGCUCGAGUGGAGAGGAUGGAGCAAUUCCAGAAGGAAAAAGAUGAGCUGGAUAAAGGAUGCAGGGAAUGCAAACGGAAACUCGCCGAGUGCCAGAAAAAAAUGAAGGAGUUAGAGGUGGCGGAUGCGGAGAGCGGGAAGGGGGAGCUGGAGAAGCUCCAGGCCGAAGCCCAGCAGCUGAAGAACGAAGAGAAGAGCUGGGAAAACAAAUUGGAGGAGCUGAAGAAGAAGGAGAAGAACAUGCCCUGGAACGUGGACACCCUCAGCAAAGACGGCUUCAGCAAGAGCGUCUUCAACGUCAAACCGGAGGAGAAGGAAGAAACGGAGGAACAGAAAGAGAAGAAACACAAAACCUUCGUGGAGAGAUACGAGAAGCAGAUCAAACACUUUGGGAUGCUGCGGCGCUGGGACGACAGCCAGAAAUAUCUCUCCGAUAACCCUCACCUCGUUUGCGAGGAGACGGCUAAUUACUUAGUCAUCUGGUGCAUCGAUCUGGAGGUGGAAGAGAAACACGCCCUGAUGGAGCAGGUAGCCCACCAGACCAUCGUCAUGCAGUUCAUCCUGGAGCUGGCCAAGAGCCUGAAGGUCGACCCCAGGGCUUGUUUCAGGCAGUUUUUCACCAAAAUUAAGACGGCUGACCAGCAGUACAUGGAGGGCUUCAACGACGAGCUGGAAGCCUUCAAGGAACGGGUGCGCGGUCGAGCCAAGGUUCGCAUCGAGAAGGCGAUGAAGGAAUACGAGGAAGAGGAGCGGCAGAAGCGCCUGGGCCCCGGCGGGCUCGACCCCGUGGAGGUGUACGAGUCCCUGCCGCCCGAGCUGCAGAAAUGCUUCGACGUCAAAGACGUUCAGAUGUUGCAGGACACAAUCAGCAAAAUGGAUCCCACCGAGGCCAAGUACCACAUGCAGCGCUGCAUCGACUCGGGGCUCUGGGUCCCCAACGCCAAGACCGGGGAGGGGGCUGAGAAAGGAGGCGGCGAAGCCCUUUACGAAGAAAUUAAGAAGGAAAACGGCGACGAGGAGAAAGGAAAUCCGUGAGCUGGCGGGGGGGAGGCGAAAAAAAAAAGGGCGUAAAGGUGGAAAAAAAGGCGUAAAGGCUAAAAAAAAAAGGGCGUAAAGGGGUCUCUCCCUCCCUCCUCCCCCUGUCCCGCUCCCUCACCGCCCCCCCUGCGCUUUACACACCGUAGAGACUUUUGGGGAGCUGCUU